UCGAGGGAGCAAUCUGAUAACAAUAAAAAUCCGUUGAGUUAUUGUAAAAGCAUUUCCUUUUUUAAUUAAGUGUGAAUGUGAAUAUAGGUAUAUUUAUAAUAAUACAUUUAUAAACAGCUGUGCACUCUUGUGCAGUUGCAUUGUUUUAUUGGAAUACUAUAGCAAUAACAAUUCAGAAAGGUGGAUUAUAAUGGCUGUAUGAUUCUACAUUUACUUUAUUCAAUAAAUUUAUAGAAUUUAUUGUGAACAAUUUCUUAGACAUAGUGUCAAAGAUGGAUAUAGAUAGUUCUUCUAGUAAUAUGGAUACUAUAUCUAUGACAGGAAGUCAAGAAACUUUUUCAAUUAAUAUGCUUCACUCCAAUUCUCAUUCAGAUAUAACAGCUCAUUCAUGCAGUUCAGAUAAUGAUACUGAUAGUUUAUUUUUAAGAUUGAGGCAGUCUGAUCAACUAUCAUUUACAGAUAAUAAUGAACAAUCAGAUUUCAAUGUGGACGUCUUAUCCAAUUCAGAAGGUUUCAAUCAAUCUCACAUACAUUUAGAUGUUAAUCAAUCUCAAACCCAUUCAGAUGUCAACGAUCAAUCCUGUGCGUAUUCAGAUAUAAACCAUCACUGUCAUAUAAAUAGAGAUGGAAUCAAUGUACAAAAUAAUGACUUUUUUGACAUUGUACAAGAUAUGGGGGAUUGUUUGACGGAUAGUAGCGACGAUGAAGAUUUUAAUAAUUUCAAUAACUUAGCAAUCAAUGAUAAUGAAACGGUUGAAAAUAGAUUUGAGAGAUUAGAUGAAAUUAUUAAUGAUGAAGACUACAACGAGCCUUUGCACUUACCGAUAGGUGUUAGUCGAAUAGAAAUGAUAUUAGCUGUUAUGAAAUAUUGCAACAAAUAUCAUAUUCCAACGACAGGAAUGGUAGAUUUAUUUAAAAUGCUAAAUAUGUUUGUGGAUAAAAAGGUGUUCCCAGAUAAUCGUUAUCAACUCGAUAUGUUAUUUAAUCCUGAAAAAGGUAGGGAGUAUCACGCUGUAUGCCCAGUGUGCAAGGUUUAUCUAGGAAUAUUUAAAAAAGGACAACGUUUAAUGUUUUGCGAAGUUUGUGAUAUGAAUGUAAACUUGAAAGAUCCUCUCUUUAGGGAUUAUUUUGUAAUACUUGAUGUAGUAAGCGAAAUCCAAGAUCUUAUCGAAUCCAAUGAAGACUUCUACAUUGAUGUCGUAUCUCGACGAAAUAAAGAAGUGAGUGUUAAUUUUAAGGAUUUUUUCGAUGGUCAAAGAUAUAAACAGUUCCUGGUAUCGUUGUCUGAUGACCGUAAAGAAAAUUAUAUUACUCUUACUUUAAAUAGUGAUGGGUCGCCAACUUUUAAAAGUUCGAAAUGUUCUAUUUGGCCAAUACAAAUUCUUAUUAAUGAACUUCCAUUACAUGUUCGAUCUGAAAAAACCAUUGUUUGUGCAUUGUGGUUUGGACGUGAUAAACCAAACAUGACUUAUUUCUUACGACCUUUUGUGGAAAAAAUGAAUGAACUUUCAGAAAAUGGAAUACCAUGCAAAUUGAGAAAUGAAAUGAAAAAUAUUCAUUCGUAUGUAUUAUGCUGCUGCGUCGAUACUGUUGCUCGUGCACCCAUGCAAGGUUUUGUUCAAUUUAAUGGUUACUUUGGAUGUAGUUGGUGUUUGCAUCCAGGUGCGUCUGUUCGUCAUAAUACUGGAUAUUCAAUGAAAUAUAUUAUACUUGACGAACAUCCUGAAAGACGAACCGCAGAUGACACAUUACAGCUCAUACGGAGAUCCGUUGAAGCAAACGCUCCAAUUUAUGGUGUAAAAAAUGCAACUCCUUUGUUGCUUUUGAAUAGCUUUAAUAUAAUUUAUGGUUUCGUUCCAUGCCCAAUGCACUGCGUUGAUCGGGGUGUAGGUAAUCAAUUUUGCAAUUAUUGGUUUGCUUCAUCUAAUGAGCCCUAUACUGUACCCAAGAGUGAAAUAAAGAGAAUCAAUCAACUUCUAUCCAACUUCAAAGUGCCUACACAACUAAUACGGUUAUCACGUAGUUUAAGUGAUCGAGCGUUUUGGAAAGCAGCUGAAUGGUUAAACUGGAUUCUAUUUUAUAGUGCGCCAAUAUUAAAAUUAAUAUCAGAAGAUUUUCCAGAGUUUGAACGAUAUAUGAACCAUUGGUUUAUUUUUGUAGAGGCAUAUUAUAUAUUGUUACAAACCGAAAUAACCGUAACAGAGUUAAAAAGAGCAGAUUCCCUUUUAAAACAAUUUGUUUUCCAAACGGAACUUCUUUAUGGACGCGAUGCGAUGACAUAUAACGUUCACCAACUGUUACACUUAGCACAGAGUGUUGCUGACUGGGGUCCAUUAUAUGUACAUAGCGGUUACGUAUUCGAAUCAGGUAAUGGAAAAAUUAAACAGACAAUUUAUGCUGCUAAAGGUGUUUUGAGUCAAGUGUGCCGUCAUCUGUAUUUUAAAGAAAGCAUUAGGAUAUUGCAAAAACACGUGGAAGCAAAAGACGAUUCCCCAUGUAUACAGUAUGUCAAAUACUUAGAUAAUGGAUUUGUUGAAAAUACUGUUAAAUUUGCAUACAGAUAUUUUGGAAGAACAGCAGUUGACGACAAAAUUAUUGAGCUGUUCCAACUUCCCAAAGAGCAAGUAAGAGCUUUUAGAAAAAUGGUGAAAGAUAGGUGCUUAUUUAUGUCUUCUAAAAAAAAGUUAUUUAGAUCAGACAAUUCACAUGCAGUUUUGAAAAAUGGAAAUUACAUAGAAAUCGAGCAUUUUAUCAUCAAUUUUUAAGAUGAAAAAGAGUAUUCAAUAUACAGGAUGCUUCAAGUCGAUAAUGAUAAUUUAAUAGGUGAUGAAUUACAUUGUUUCAAGAAAGUUACUGGAACAUAUUUACAUCUUAAUAUAACAGAAACUAAAAAUAUUCAGAAAUUGUGUGUUUAUAUGAAUACUAAUAAUGCCAUUUAUAUUUCAUCACUUCCUAAUAUGUAUUGGAAAUAAUAACCUAGACGAUGAAGGCGGUGGGGAACACUCGCGCACCUUCACGCAUAACCUACAAAUAAGUUAAUCAGCUUUAAUGCCGAAAUGAUGUAAAAAAAAUGCUGCUAAUUCAUUGGCAGCUAUCUCUCUCUUUUUAAAUUGUUGAUUUUUAUUAACGUUUGUCUCAAUUAUAUUCAAUCAAAAUAAAUAGUAAAUAUUAUCGUUGUCUUGUUAAGAAAGAGAAUGGUUUCAGGGUAAAGCCUCUAUUGAGUCUGAUUGGUCAGUUAGUGAUAGAGAUUGAGAAAUUUCAUUGUCUUAUAGAAUUAUAGCGCAAACAGGAAGUAAAUGAAAACUAAAUGUUAGCACGUGAUUAUAUAUACAUAUGAAAUAAAAACACAAAACUUAAAAAAAAAACCUAUAACUGCAUAAAGAUCACAAUUUAUUAAUUAAUUACACAAAUUUUCUAAAGAUAAAUAACUAUAGAUGUAAAAAAAAAACGCUCAGUAUUUUAAUUUUUUGUUUUUAUAACUAUUAGUAUGUAAGUAUUUAGAAAUUAGUUUGUAAUGUUAGUUCACAUACCACUCCAGCGAGUAGAAUGUUUUUCUACUGAUAAUGCUUACUUGGGUAAUGUAUUGUCUCAACGAAUGUAAUAUACUGAUUUGUAUUGUGGA